CGGAACCUGCUCGGUCAGCGCAGGACGGAGUGGAGGGGGCGUUUAGUGUUAACCGCCUCGUACCUCUAAACUACCGUGAACUACAAAAUUCCACAGUUCCAGAGCGGGUGAGGAUGGCUGGCAGAAUGAUAAAUAAACACAGCGCUGCCAGAGACAUGAGCCGAAGGCCGAAAGCUGAGCGUAUGGACAUGAUGCUCUCCAUGUCCCAGAUUGUGACCCACACACAAGAGACUCAGAAGCAUUUCCAAAAUAUUCUAAGUCCCCUGUCACUCUUCUCUCACACAGACAUGGACAAUGUGAAGAAGAGAGACAAGACUCAGGAGGGAAGAGCUCAGACUUCAGCCUCAGAGGAGAUAACAGAUGUUCCAGCCUCUCUGUCUGAAUUUUGCCAGCAGUUGAGGAACAGAAUCACACAGCAGUCACUCCCUACCUUUUCUUCUCAAGACCAUGAAACCCUGGCAACAGUAAUAAUGGCAGAGUUGAGUCUGAUCUGGCAGGACCUGCGCGGGCUACCAGCUGACCCCACGCUGACUUCACAGGAGAAUCAGCAGCUGCGCAGCCGGACGUUUGGUGAAGUGCUGUGCAUCUGUGAGCAGCUCUACCUGCAUUACCUCCAUCUGUUAGAGACGCUGGCGAGGCGUGAAGUCUUCAGCCACCAGAUCAACUGCAGCCGCCUGGCAGCUCACAUGGCCAUGGACCUCAGCCGCCUUUUGAAUGCUCACUCGAUACAACGCAGUGUAGCCGCGGGAAUCAAGGCCAUGCGGGGAACUGUGAAGCUGAGAGACGGAGAGCAGGGGGCACCAGAGGUGCCUGCACAUGUUUUUCCUCACAGACUGCACAUCUGCCCACACAUCAAACCUAAGAAGCGUGUGGCAAGCAAGCAGCGGAUGAGGACGACGAUAGAGGAAGACCUUGCAGAGAUCCAAGAAAAAAUAGGAGAGUUGGAUCUGGAGCGCGUGUAUGACCUAAUGCCAUGUCACCCGGAGCUGAUAACCAGCAACAUGGACAGACAGUGCUGUAUUGCCAGUGUACCUAAUGAGGCAGAGGAAGAUGGGUGCCAUUUCCAAAGCCACGUUACCAGGCUGAAGGGGUGUAAUUCUAUGCCAGACCUGCAGAGGGAGACUCUGCUGGAGGAGCUGGAGAUGGAAGCACUGCCAGCAAGGCCUCUGUCCCCUUCAGUUCUUCUGUCUACCAACUCCUGCUCCCCUCUUAAGAAGCAUAUAAACCCUGCUGAGGAUCUGAAGAGAUUGUUACAGGACACAGAUGCGGUGGAUACGUCCGCGCUGGCUGAUUCUGAGGCGGAUAUUCCUCCUUUAAUACGAGCUUUGGCUGGCAGUGGCUCCAGCAAACUGGAAAAGCUGACACAAGUGUUGCAGAGACUGGAGGAAGAAGAGGAGGAAAUGUUGAAGAAACAGCUUGAAUUGGCGAGGCCACUGCCGCCUCAGUCAGACGUGGAAAGUGUAAAGGUAUCCACUCAGGGCGUUGCACGUAUAGCAGCGGCUCGCGUGUCCGACAGGGUUCUGACUGAGACUGUCAACAUCAGCAUGUACCCACCUGUCUACAAUGACCUCACUGGAGAGAUUGAGCCUUCAUCUGUCACUUGGCUUGAUCGGAAUCUGUUUGGAGGGGCUGAAAUAAAAGAAGUCUACAAAGAACUAUCCAAAAGUCUUUCGGAUGAGUACCUGCACUUUGAUGAGGACCCUAUGAUAGAGCCUGCGUUGAGCAAUGCCGAACUAUUGCAUGGCCUGAAACGGAAUCAUGAAAAGAAGCUGAUGAACCCUUCACUUCGGAUGCCAAAUCCUUGUGGAAUAUCGCACAGGAAGAGAAUGAAGCUUGCUGCAGAUCGUAAGAGGCCAGCGGAGGUGACAUCUCGAGCUUAUGUAGCUUGGCAUCAGUGGUGGAAGUCUAACCUGUCCCUGGAUGAUUACCUCAACUACAUUUCCAACCAGGAGUCAGAUUACCUGUCUGCAGUUUUUCACCUGUACAACAGUGAUGACAGCGACGAAGAGGACGAGAAAAGGAAGAUGCUGCAGCUGCAGAGAGAGAAAAUCAGAAAGCAGCGAGAGAAGAUGGAUGCGCUGAAGAAGCAGAAGCAGGCCUAUCAGUCUGGACUCUGGAACGUCAACACAGUGCUGAUGGGGGGUCUGUGGAAAGAGCCAGUGCCAGAUGAGGUGGAGGGCAUGGAGAAGGAAAUCCAGCAUGUGGGGACAGGGGAAGACCACACUGUGUCUGUAGCAGAGCCUGUAGAUGGGGAGCAGGUACAGGCCAGGCUGGAGAAGAUCUGGACGAUACUUUGCCUGCCUGAGACACAGAGGUUGGACAUGGCCAUUAAGUACAGCUCUCAUGCACACAGGGACAAGCUGGAGGAGGCGACAGCAGCGUGGGAGCAGGCUGCUCAGCUGAUCCAGCAGAGGGAACGUGUGCUAUCUCAGCUGGAGCAGUUUGAGAAGGUGGCAUCAGACCCCAGCAGGUUCUUCCAGCAUGGUUACCAUGGCACCUCUGCAGCCAGAAUGGAAGAGGCAAACCACAGACAGAAACUCGAGUCUCAGAUUGCGGCUCUAGAGAAGGUGUUGUCCAAGACUAUUCAUCACAUAUCAGCAGCCUUCAAUGACACUGUUACCUAUAAGGGACGGCCAUACAGAGAAAAGAUGCGUUGGGACCGCAUUGAGAUGCUCUACUGGCUUCAACAGGAGAGACGAGUUCAGAUGCUGGAGAAGCUUGUAGAAGGGAGAGGGAGUCUGCCUGCUAGACUGCCCCCUCUUGACUUUAGGCAUGGGCUCUAUCCAGGCACCGAACCUGCCCCAGAAGACCACUGCCCAUUGGAUGCCACCUUUACUACAAGUCAGUCAGGAAAUUUCGCAGAGAUUAGGAUGAGGAACUUCAGUGGCCUGUACAGAGCCCUGACCGCAACCCCUGUGAACACCUUUGGGGUGAAUUGGAACGUUCAUUGUGAUCCAGGCCUUUAUGUAUAA